UGACACUCAGUCUAAACAACCGAAGAAGAAAGAGUUCUAAGCGACUGUGGCUUCCCGAAGUUUAAAAUAACGAUAAAACAAUAUGGAUAGAGAUUUACAUUAACUAUAGUUAGGAAUAUCUCAACAGUUUAUUUUUCUAUCGCCAAGGAAACUAAAGUUAAAGUGAGGAUUAAAGAGGGAAUAGAAGACGAACCACUGCUAUGCUAACAUGGCGACGUCCAGUCAAAGAGAAGCAGGAAGAGAAUCAUCGUCACCAACUCCCAGAAAAUUAUUAACGGAGAAAAAGCCCCAAACUGCAGAUAACGACAUCAAGCAGCUGAUGGAUCGUCUCCCUCAGCCACAGUGUGGGAGCUCCACUGAGGAGCAAGAGGAGCCACAGCCCCUUCACUUUAAAGAGGAAGAGGAGGAGCCACAUCCCCCCUAUGUUAAAGAAGAAGAGGCAGAACUCUCGAUCGCUCAGGUUCAAGAGCGUCUUCCAGGGCCAUCGCAGGCUGAUCUUGUCAGAUUUCCACUGACUGUUGUCUCUGUGAAGACUGAAGACCGCAAACACGAACCACUUCAGUUCUCACAGCUUCAUCACAGUCCAAGCUCGCCACAACACAUGACAACAGAAGCCGAUGGAGACCACUGUGGAGGAUCACCAGCAGACAACCUCUUAGCUCCGCUAUCAGAUAGCGACGACAUAACAUCACACUCUACCGAGGAUGAAGACUGGGACCGCAACCAAGAACCUUUGAGCACUGAUACAGGCUGUGAAGGUGAUGCGACUACUCACACGGACAAUAAACACUCGUGCUCUAAAAAGAAGCCAGGUAAACAUUUUAACUGCUCAGUUUGUGAUAAAAGAUUUUCCCGAAAGAGCAAUUUGACUCAACAUAUUAGAAUACAUAGAGCAGAAAAAUCUUUUAGUUGCUCAGAAUGUGGUAAAGGUUUCACUCACAAGGCAACUUUGGUAAAACACAUGAGAACACACACGGGAGAAAAACCUUUUUAUUGCUCAAAAUGUUCUAAAAGUUUCACACAAAGGGUGUCUUUGGUCAACCACAUGCGAACACACACGGGAGAAAAACCUUUUAAUUGCUCAGAAUGCGGUAAAAGUUUCACUCUCAAGCAAACUCUGGUAAAACACAUGAGAACACACACAGGAGAAAAACCUUAUCGUUGCCCAGACUGUGGCAAAAGUUACCCCGAAAGGGCAGGCAUGGUAUCACACAUGAGAACACACACAGGAGAAAAACCUUUUAAUUGUUCUGAAUGUGGUAGUAGUUUCUCUCACAGAGCAACUUUGAUAAACCACAUGAGAACACACACAGGAGAAAAACCUUUCACUUGCUCAACAUGUUCUAAGAGUUUCACACAAAAGGGACCGUUGGAUUCACACAUGAAAACACACACAGGAGAAAAACCUUUUUGUUGUUCAAACUGUUCUAAACGUUUUACUAAAAAGGUACAUAUGGUGUUACACAUGAGAACGCACACUGGAGAGAAACCUUUUACUUGCUCAAAAUGUUGUAAAAGUUUUGCACAAAAGGGACAUUUGAUUUCGCACGUGAAAACACACACAGGAGAAAAACCUUUUUGUUGUUCAAAAUGUUUUAAAUGUUUUACUAAAAAGGAAAAUUUGGCUUCACACGUGAAAACACACACGGGAGAAAAACCUUUUUCUUGCUCAGACUGUGGUCAAAGCUUCACCACUAAAUCAAAUGUGGUGAAACACAUGACAACACACAGGGGGGAAACCUUUUAUUUGCUCUAAUUGUAUUGAAAGGCCUCUUUGAACACACGCAGAGUCUUACUUAUUGAUUUAUAAACAUAUUACAUUUAUGGUGACAAAUGAAUUAACUAAUACAAACUAUUUUUGUCAGGUGUUUUACUCUGAUUAUAAUCAUGAUCAACAAAUUAACAGCAA